CCUCCCGAGCGUCGUCGUCGACAGGCCCCUCGUCCAGUCUCGAGCUGUAGCGUGAGGUGCUCUCCGGCCUUCAUGCCUGCCCGCCUGCCUGCCUUCUAAUCUUCGUGGCAGGGUGUGUGAGUGUGAGAGGCGUCGGGUGCCAAAACUCUCGUCCCCCGUAUCAUGAGCCCGUGUUCCUGUUUGGGAUCCUCCCUCUCUCUUGGACCGCAUCAACAGCGUCGGGGGUUCCUCUCCUGCGCUACUUGUUACUCUCGACAACCCGGCCUUCGCAAACGAAGCCCCAAUCGUUGAGCGCGUCUGCUUCUCAGUAGUGGCGAUAGGCUGGUGGGUGGAUUGGUAGAUUGGUAGAUUGGUAAAUUGAUCACUCGGCCUAUCGAUCGGGGCUGAAUUUCGGACUUAUUUCGUGACAGUCGAGGCGAGGUCGUCUCCUUUUGUGGUUGAGCGAGCGCGUGAUUGCUGAUUGGUAUACGUUUGUGAAGAUGGCGGACCGGUCGAUUCCAGCUCUUAAUGAGUCUGGUAUGCUGGCCCCCGGGUUCAGGUUCCACCCCACGGACGAGGAGCUGGUCGGUUACUAUCUAAAGAGAAAGAUUCAGCGGAAACCGAUCCCUGAAAAUGUUGUAGCAGUAGUUGAUCUGUACAAAUGGGAACCGUGGGACUUGGCUGGCAUGUCCCUCAUCGUCACCCCGGAUUCAGAAUGGUACUUUUUCAGUCCUCGUGACAAGAAGUACCCCAAUGGCCUGAGAACUAAUCGAGCAACGGAAGCCGGUUAUUGGAAGGCUACUGGAAAGGACAGGAAUGUUAAGAGGCAAGGCAAGAAUGUUAUCGGUGCAAAGAAAACUCUUGUGUUUUAUAGGGGCAGAGCUCCGCAUGGCGAGAGGACAGACUAUGUCAUGCAUGAGUACCGCUGGGAAGAAGAGGAGGCGGUGGACUUCUCACAAGACGCUUUCGUGUUGUGCCGAGUAUUCAAAAAGAGCGGUCCUGGUCCUAGAAGUCCUGAGGACCGAGGCCCUCCAACCUAUGUGGAUGACGACGAUGUCGUACCUGAACAACGAUCCAGGCCUCCUGUCUUGCCAACUACAAGCAACAGCCCAGCUUUGAAUGAAGCAGAGGUUAUGGAAGAAGCGGAGAUUGUUCAGGCCGAGACACCUCCCCCAGUCAUCUCUGUACAUGACUACCAGUCUGACCUCGCCCCAGUGGUAGUCGACGCUCCAUCCUCAGUGCACGUUCCCACGACCCAAUCUUCUUUCCACCAGGAUGAGGAAGACCGGUUUUGGGACUGUAUAUUAGAUAAUUAUCCUGAAGGUGACUACGGCAGCUCAGGUUUCCCGAUAUCUUCUACUGUUGCUACUGGUUUUGCCCCGGUUGGAGAAUCAAAUCUAUAUUGGGAAUUGAUGCAACAGGAGUUAGCCGAUGAAUCGCAAGAUCUCCCACCACUAGAAGAGGAGCAAGAGCUACAUGGCUCCGAUAUGCGGCAAUGUCGUCCUCGUAGGGUUCGAAAUGGUGAUGAUACCAAUGUGGUCCGUAGCAUUGAGAGCAAUAUUCCACAUGAGGUUCCUCCACCACAGAUCGAUGCAAGUGAUCAGAGUUUAGCUUGGACAUUCCCUCCCCCAGGAGGUAGCUCUGAGCAAAAUACAUCUGGCGUGCAUAUCCCAAGUUCAUCGAUAUUGUCAUCCAGCUCUUAUGCAGGUGAGGGUUUAUCUGGCAACGUGGAGAACAACGAACCCAUGUUCGAGGAGGCGUACGACACUUUUGCCGACACCUUCCUUGUGGACUUUUCCGAGCAUGAUAACAGUUUCAGCUUGCCUACGCUGAAUGACCCAGUAGAAGACAACGGGCCUCAAAAUAGCUGGUCUCAACAUGAUCCUAGGAGCGACCUGCCCUCGGUCUCAACAAAUGCUGGUUAUCAGCAACCAUCAAUAAGUUUAUCAUAUGAUUCCAUGAGCCCAGAGGCAGUCACUGAUGAUGGCACUAUGUCCUCCAAACCUCUUGUGGCCAGCAUUCUGAAGUAUUUGGGCAGCAUUCCAGCUUUACCUGCUUCAGCCGCUGAGUUUCCUCCAGACCACAAGAUAUCUCAUCUCGGUGAGCUUUCGCCUUCUUACAACUCUAUACAUGUGAGUGCCGCUGUGACUGUGACCUGUACGCGCUCUGCUGAUGGCAAACAACAAGUUCAGACAGCCGUGACUGACUGUUAUGGCGAUUCCGAGGGUGUGUAUGAACAAGAAGUCUUCAACUCUUGGCAAUCCAUCACUGACGGGAAGGGGGCUGUACAACAAGGAUCGGAGAAACAAACGCACACGGUGGUUGGCACUCGUACCCAGAGAAGGGUUGUGCGUGGAUCUAAUAGUGGUUUUGUUUUCGUUUUCGUCUUGGGUGUCGCUUCCACUUUGAUGUGGUUUUUAGCCGCCCAAGGUACGUACAGGAUAGCGAGGCAUAUCGUUACCUCUAUAUUCUGAGACGAGAAUAGCACAGUAGAUCUCGAUGUAAUUAUGUAUCUUUCUAGGUGCCCGUACAUUAUAUAGGAGUUGCUGCACGUGUUUUAGACUUGGCCAGCUGAAGGUGCCACUAGUCGUCUAAAGAAGUGCAACUCGCUGUUGUAACAUAUAGGGCUAUUGGCCGAAGGGAUAAGGAAAUUUGGUCAUACAAUGGGUACAGGAGAGUCGGAUAGAUAGAGAACUCUCUUGCGGAGGGAGUGCCUUCUCCGUAUUAUCCAUGGGAUCAUUUUUUGGAGAUUUCUCAUUUUGAUUAAGUCUGCAUAUAUUGCCAAUCUCUGUACAAUUUUGUCUCUCGAGGCCACGAACAUUGAGGGAGGUAUACCCAAUCCCCCUGGGCCUCUAAGGAUAGUGAAUAAUUUCUCCAUUGGAGCCUUUCAUUUCAAAGUAACGACGAUGGAAGAUAGUAUUUAUUCUGCAAUAACAGUCUUGCCCUGUAGAGUUU